AUGAGAACUCACAACCUCCAAUCUCUCAUCUUCAUCUUCAACCCCAAUUUUCAGUUUUUAUUCUUCCACCUCAAUUUUGACGAUGAAAUCCUAAACUCUGUUCUCAAGAAAACUAGGAGGCCCUUUUCCAAGCCCGUGGAUCAAAACUUUGCAGCCAUCUCAAUUCAGGGAACAUCAAGCAGUAAUGCUUUGAAAGAUGGAGUUGACGAAGGCUGUGCCUUGAAGCAUGUUAGUCCAAAUGGCACGACAGAAGCUGAAGUCAGAAGCACUAGCAUUGGCAAUCCAUUAGAUGAUGGAUCUGUGAAAAAUUUGGAGGAUUUGCAACAUGAGCAAAUGGACAAUGACUUGGCGGAUUUAGGGGAUGAAAUGGCUCAUGGUGCAUUGGUGACUUGGCUCAGUAUAAAAUCCUAUUUGAUCUGCGAUCUUCGAUUGUUUAUAAUUUGGAUUGAUUUCAGAUUCGGUUUGGUUGUGGAUUUGCUUUUGUGUUUUGGUUUGAGCUGUGGUUACAAAUUUGUGAUAUUUGAUUCGGUUAUCAUAUUAAUUGAGAUCAAGUUUGGUGGUAGUUAUGGAGUUUUAGUUUGCAUAAAUGAUGAAGAUGGUGAAAUGAAGAGACGUUUUGCAGAGAUGGUUUAA